AUGUCCAGCCCCUGGCCAUCUACGGACAGCGGGGCCCAGAGAACGGUGGCCUGCCUGGCGGAGGUGUUCCUCUGGGUUGGAGGGAGUGUGGUGCUGUCUUCGAGGUGGCAGCUCGGCCCACUGGUGGAGCGAUGCAUGCGCGCCAUGCAGGAGGGGACGCAGAUGGUGAAGCUCCGCGGCAGCUCCAAGGGCCUGGCCCGCUUCUACUACCUGGACGAGCACCGCUCCUGCAUCCGCUGGCGGCCCUCGCGCAAGAACGAGAAGGCCAAGAUCUCCAUCGACUCCAUCCAGGAGGUGAGCGAGGGGCGGCAGUCGGAGAUCUUCCAGCGCUACCCCGGCGGCAGCUUCGACCCCAACUGCUGCUUCAGCAUCUACCACGGCAGCCCCCGCGAGUCGCUCGACCUGGUCUCGCACAGCGGAGACGAGGCACGUACCUGGGUCACCGGCCUGCGCUACCUCAUGGCCGGCAUCAGCGACGAGGACAGCCUGGCCCGCCGCCAGCGCACCAGGGACCAAUAUCCUUGGUGGCUGAAGCAGACCUUCGACGAGGCGGACAAGAACGGGGACGGCAGCCUGAGCAUCGGCGAGGUCCUGCAGCUGCUGCACAAGCUCAACGUGAACCUGCCCCGGCAGCGGGUGAAGCAGAUGUUCAGGGAAGCAGACACGGAUGACCACCAGGGGACCCUGGGCUUCGAGGAGUUCUGUGCCUUCUACAAGAUGAUGUCCACGCGCCGGGACCUCUACCUGCUCAUGCUGACCUACAGCGACCACAAGGACCACCUGGACCCCACCGACCUGCAGCGCUUCCUGGAGGUGGAGCAGAAGAUGACGGGCGUGACCCUGGAGAGCUGCCGGGACAUCAUCGCGCAGUUCGAGCCGUGCCCCGAGAACAAGAGCAAGGGGGUGCUCGGCAUCGACGGCUUCACCAACUACACGCGGAGCCCCGCGGGCGACAUCUUCAACCCGCAGCACCACCGCGUGCACCAGGACAUGACGCAGCCGCUGAGCCACUACUUCAUCACCUCCUCCCACAACACCUACCUCGUGGGUGACCAGCUCAUGUCCCAGUCCCGGGCGGACAUGUACGCCUGGGUCCUGCAGGCCGGCUGCCGCUGCGUGGAGGUGGACUGCUGGGACGGGCCUGACGGGGAGCCCAUUGUGCACCACGGCUACACCCUGACCUCCAAGAUCCUCUUCAAAGACGUCAUCGAAACCAUCAACAAAUAUGCCUUUGUCAAGAAUGAGUACCCCGUGAUCCUGUCCAUCGAGAACCACUGCAGCGUCACCCAGCAGAAGAAAAUGGCCCAGUACCUGACGGAUAUCCUCGGGGACAAGCUGGACCUGUCCUCAGUGAGCAGCGAGGAUGCCGCCUCGCUGCCCUCCCCGCAGAUGCUCCGGGGCAAGAUCCUGGUGAAGGGGAAGAAGCUCCCGGCCAACAUCAGCGAGGACGCGGAGGAGGGAGAGGUGUCCGACGAGGACAGCGCCGACGAGAUCGACGAGGACUGCAAGCUCCUCAGCGGGGACGCCUCCACCAACCGGAAGCGCGUGGAAAACAUUGCUAAGAGGAAACUGGAUUCCCUAAUCAAGGAGUCGAAGAUUCGGGACUGUGAAGACCCGAAUGACUUCUCCGUCUCCACACUGCCCCCGUCCGGAAAGCUGGGGCGCAGGAGCAAGGCGGAGGAGGACGCGGAGCCCGGGGAGGACGCCGGGGCCGGCCAGCGCAGCAACAGUCUCCGCGCGAGCAGCUUCUCCAGGCGCAAGAAAAAGGGCGGCAAGCUAAAGAAGGCGGCCAGCGUGGAGGAGAGGGACGAGGACCUGGACUCCCCAGAGCGCCAGAGCCGAGGGACGACCAGGCAGAAGAAGACCAUGAAGCUGUCCCGGGCUCUCUCGGACCUGGUCAAGUACACUAAGUCCGUGGGCACCCACGACGUGGACUCGGAGGUGGCGUCCAGCUGGCAGGUGUCCUCCUUCAGCGAGACCAAGGCCCACCAGAUCCUGCAGCAGAAGCCGGCCCAGUACCUGAGCUUCAACCAGCACCAGCUCUCCCGGGUCUACCCCUCCUCCUACCGCGUCGACUCCAGCAACUACAACCCACAGCCCUUCUGGAACGCCGGCUGCCAGAUGGUUGCCCUGAACUACCAGUCGGAGGGGCGGAUGCUGCAGCUGAACAGGGCCAAGUUCAGCGCCAACGGCAACUGCGGCUACGUGUUGAAGCCCCAGUGCAUGUGCCAGGGCGUCUUCAACCCCAACUCCGAGGACCCCCUGCCCGGGCAGCUCAAGAAGCAGCUGGCGCUGCGCAUCAUCAGUGGGCAGCAGCUCCCCAAGCCGCGGGACUCGAUGCUGGGGGACCGUGGGGAGAUCAUCGACCCCUUCGUGGAGGUGGAGGUCAUCGGGCUCCCGGUGGACUGCAGCAAGGAGCAGACUCGCGUGGUGGACGACAAUGGGUUCAACCCCAUGUGGGAGGAGACCCUCGUGUUCACCGUGCACAUGCCUGAGAUCGCGCUGGUCCGCUUCCUCGUCUGGGACCAUGACCCCAUCGGGCGAGACUUCAUCGGGCAGAGGACACUGGCCUUCAGCAGCAUGAUGCCAGGCUAUCGGCACGUGUACCUGGAGGGAAUGGAAGAGGCCUCCAUCUUCGUGCAUGUGGCUGUCAGUGACAUCAGCGGUAAGGUCAAGCCGGUUCUGGGCCUAAAAGGCCUCUUCCUCCGUGGCCCAAAGCCCGGCUCCCUGGACAGUCAUGCUGCUGGGCAGCCCCCGCCCCGGCCCUCCGUUAGCCGGCGGCUGUUGCGGCGCACGGCCAGCGCCCCGACCAAGAGCCAGAAGCCCGGCCGCAAAGGCUGCCCAGAGCUGGUCCUGGGCACGCGGGACACGGGCGCCAAGAGGACAGCUGAUGACGCGGCGCCCCCCAGCCCUGGCCCGGCCCUGGAGGCCCCGGCCUGGGAGGGGCCCGGCAGCGGCAGCCCCCGAGGUGGCCGCCCCUUCUCCCUGCAGUGGUCCAUGUCCCCCCUGUGCAGCCUGGAAACGAUUGCAGAGGAACCAGCCCUGGGCUCCGGCUCCCUGCCACCGGCGGGCAGUCCGACCAGCCCCUCCCGGGAAGGGCCCCAGGGCCCCACAGGGUUGGCCCCGGGGGCUUCUGUGCCCCUCUGGCUCAGGGCUGGGAGCCCUGGGCACACUGAGGAGCCCCCAGAGGCCCAGCAGCAGCAGCUGCGCCACAGUGGGGGCCCCGGCGGGGCAUGCGAGGGGGCUCCCGGCAGCCAGACGGACAGCAGGACCCAGCCCCGGGCCGCGGGCCGUCUGCCCACGAUCAGAAGGGCCAAGAGUGAGGGGCAGGUGCCCGUGGAGCCCCCGGCCGGGCCCUCUCCCCCCCCCGCCGUGUAUGCGGAUGUCACGGGCAGUGACCGGCUAUGGCAGCGGCUGGAGCCAGGCAACCACCGCGACAGCGUGUCCUCGUCCUCCAGCGUGUCAUCCAGCGACACCGUCAUUGACCUCUCCCUGCCGAGCCUGGGUCUGGGCUGCAGCCGCGAGAGCCUUGUUGGGGGCCCCGUGGGACGCUUGCCUCUGCGGCCGUGCUCGGCCCCCGCCGCCCGCCUGGACCCACUGCCUGUGACCAAGAGCAAGUCCAACCCCAACCUGCGGGCUGCUGCCCAGCUGCUGCCUGUGCCCGGCGAGCUGCGGCCCCGACCCCUGGUCCCGAGGCCGCCCUGGGGCCGCCUCUCCCUGGUAGGCCUGCAGGGCUGCCCCGUGGCCGCCAAGUCCAAGAGUCUGGGGGAUCUGACCGCCGACGACUUUGUCCCCAGUUUCGAGGGCGGCUGCCACAGCCCGAGCCACGGUCUAGGGUCCCCCGGGGGGACGCGGCGGGCAGCGGGGCCGGGGGAACGACCGGACGCCCUGACGGAGCAGCUGCGCCGGCUCACGGGCUUCCAGCGGGCCGGGGACAUCACGUCACCCACCAGCCUGGGCCCGGCCGGGGAGGGGUCGGCGGGGGGCUCCGGCUUCCUGCGGCGCUCCUCCUCCCGCAGCCAGAGCCGCGUGCGCGCCAUCGCCAGCCGGGCCCGCCAGGCCCAGGAGCGGCUGCAGCGGCUGCAGGGGCUGCAGGGCCCCCCCGAGGAGGAGCGGGGCACCCCUGAGGGCGCCUGCUCCGUGGGCCACGAGGGCUGUGCAGACGCACCGGCCCCCACCAAGGCAGCCCUCCAUCUGGGGUCCGGGGGCGCCGACGGUCUGCUCCUCCUGAGACUCUGA